AUGCAAACAUUAAUCACAUUCUCUCCAUUUCCAAACACACUCGUCAAAUUCAGAACACAACCUUCCAAACCAAACCCUAUUUCUCACCGAACUAAACCACAUUCUCCCAUUACACUAUGCAAUUUUCAACCUCAAUCACCGUUAAACCCCUUCCCAUUCCCAUUGAAAUCCCCCCAAAGCCGCGCUUCCAACGCGGAUCCUCUUCGUUGUGGCAUUUCGUCGAACGGGGAGAGCGCAAAUGCGGGUGAGAGGAGUUUAAGGCAGUGGGUCGAGCUUACUGGUGAGGUGAUAUCCACGGCGUUUCCUUUGUGGGUCACGAUUGGGUGUGUAUUGGGUUUGGUGAGACCUAGUUCAUUCAAUUGGGUUACACCUAAAUUGAGCAUAGUGGGACUUAGUGUAAUCAUGCUUGGUAUGGGUAUGACUUUAACUCUUGAUGAUCUUCGUUCUGCUCUUUCUAUGCCUAAAGAAGUUUUCUCUGGUUUUUUCCUUCAAUAUUCGGUGAUGCCAUUAUCUGCGUUUUUUAUAAGCAAACUCUUAAAUCUUCCAUCACAUUAUGCAGCUGGUUUAAUAUUAGUUGGGUGCUGCCCAGGAGGCACAGCUAGUAAUAUUGUUACAUAUCUUGCACGUGGAAAUGUGGCGCUUUCCGUUGUAAUGACAGCUGCAAGCACUCUAUCAGCUGUGAUCAUGACUCCUUUUUUGACAGCCAAACUAGCUGGUAAAUAUGUAGCUGUGGAUGCAGCUGGCUUAUUAAUGUCGACAUUGCAGGUUGUGCUUUUUCCUGUAUUGGGUGGUGCACUUCUGAAUCAGUAUUUCCAACCUCUUGUUAAACUUGUAUCUCCAUUGAUGCCACCCUUGGCUGUAGCAACUGUGGCAAUUUUAUGUGGAAAUGCAAUUUCACAGAGUUCUUCCGCAAUCCUUAUGUCUGGAAGACAGGUAAUCUUAGCCGUCUGCCUUCUUCAUGCUUCUGGUUUUUUCUUCGGAUACCUUCUUGCCAGGAUUCUCGGGCUAGAUGUGCCAUCAUCGCGAACCAUAUCCAUUGAAGUUGGCAUGCAGAACUCGGUUCUCGGUGUAGUUCUGGCUGCCAAGCACUUUGGAGACCCCCUAACAACAGUACCUUGUGCUGUUUCAAGUGUGUGUCACUCAAUCUUUGGUAGCAUCUUGGCAGGAAUGUGGAGACGUUCUGUGCCUCCUGAGAUAAAAGACUGA